UCACGUGCGACAGUGCCUGCCAGACCGCAGCCCUGGCGCCCGCCCGCCCGCACGCUCUCGGCUCACCACAACACGCGGCAUAACACAGAAAAACAUUGAAAAAAAACACGACCUUCAAACUGAGACCAGUUUGGAAAACACCAAUAUUUUGCAUGCUGAAAUUUUUGAGGACAUUCUGCAACAUGAAGCCGCCAGUUAACCCAGCUCUCCUCCACGAUGUGGACACGCCGACUCAGAAGGCUACAUUCGGCAUGGGCUGCUUCUGGUCCAACGACUCGCUGUUCGGAGCCACUGAGGGAGUGGUGCGGACCAGGGUGGGUUACUCGGGGGGCACCACCAAGAACCCGCAUUAUAGGAGCAUCGGCGACCACACGGAGGUGAUCGAGCUGCACUUCGACCCCAAGGUGGUGUCGUUCGCCGACCUGCUCGACAUGUUCUGGGCCAACCACGAGUACGGACUCACCACCAAGCUCAAGAGACAGUACCAGUCCCUGAUCCUGUACCACGACGACGACCAGCGGGCGCAGGCGGAGGGCUCGUACCGCGAGGUGGAGCGGCGCAUGGGCCCGCUGCGCACCGAGAUCGCGCCCGCCGGACCCUUCUACCCUGCCGAGGACUACCACCAGAAGUACCGGCUGCAAGGACACAAGGACCUCUGCAAGUCACUGGGUCUAGACUCAGCCAAACUGCAGACAUCCCAUCUAGCUGCUAGACUCAACGGCUACCUAGUGGGAGUCGGAGGAAUGAACCAGUUUGAGAAGGAAGUGGCUAAGCUAGGCCUCAGUGACGAACAGGCGGAGUAUGUGAGACGAGAGCUGAAGCGCAACGAAGGAGGUGGCCUCAUGUGCUAGGCUGGCUGUGUUAGGUUUAGUCGUUGCCGCUUU